CCUGAGCGCAUGCUCAGUUCGUGUCAGGCAGUCGAUCGGUGUGGAGGCCGCUUUCUGUUCCCGCUUCCAGCCAUUUCACAUUGUUUGGUUUGUGUGUCAACGUCGACAGAAAACAAUUGGAAAUCGAGGCAUAAAAAUAGUGAAAUCUGAUUUGAAUUUAAAUCAGUUUUGACUUUUGUUGAUUCGCGCACACACAAUGAACAAGCUACCGCUGAGAGCUUGGCGUUCCACCACCUCGGAGCCGAGUCUGAGAAGAUGUGUGUCGAAGAUCCACGGCGGAUCAAGCCCCACCAGCUUGUUGCCACACGAAAAGCGACGCUUGGAUACCCGCGAAAGCUCCACGGGCGUAGCCGCCUGCCCGCAUUUGGCCGACCAGGAGGAGGCAGCCAAUGCCUCCAGGAUUCAUGCCACAUCGGAGUGGCAGAAUGCACUGCCCUACAAUCAGAUACCAGGACCCAAACCCAUACCCAUUUUGGGCAACACCUGGAGACUGAUGCCAAUAAUUGGUCAAUAUACCAUAUCGGAUGUGGCAAACAUAUCGUCGCUACUUCAUGAGCGAUAUGGGAGGAUCGUGAGAUUUGGAGGUCUAAUAGGUCGCCCUGAUCUCUUGUUCAUCUACGAUGCCGAUGAAAUUGAAAAGUGCUACCGCAGCGAGGGGCCCACCCCCUUCCGGCCCUCGAUGCCCAGUCUGGUCAAGUACAAGAGUGUGGUGCGCAAGGAUUUCUUUGGGGAACUCGGCGGAGUUGUGGGCGUCCAUGGUGAACCCUGGCGUCAGUUCCGGUCGCGUGUCCAAAAGCCGGUACUGCAAUUAUCCACAAUCCGGCGGUAUUUGCAGCCACUGGAGAUAAUCACCGAUGAUUUCCUACUGCGCUGUGAGAGUCUGUUGGAUGAAAAUGAAGAGCUGCCAGAGGAUUUCGACAACGAGAUUCACAAAUGGUCCUUGGAAUGCAUUGGCCGUGUGGCCUUGGACACGCGUUUGGGCUGCCUGGAGUCCAACCUCAAGCCGGAUUCAGAGCCACAGCAAAUCAUCGAUGCUGCCAAGUAUGCGCUCCGCAAUGUGGCCACCUUGGAGCUAAAGGCUCCCUAUUGGCGUUACUUCCCGACUCCUCUGUGGACUCGCUAUGUCAAGAACAUGAACUUCUUUGUUGGCGUUUGCAUGAAGUACAUACAAAGUGCCACCGAGAGACUAAAGACCCAAGAUCCCAGCCAGCGUGCUGGUGAACCUUCGCUUGUCGAAAAGGUCAUCAUGUCGGAGAAGGACGAGAAAAUAGCCACCAUAAUGGCUUUGGAUUUGAUUCUAGUCGGCAUAGAUACAAUAUCCAUGGCUGUCUGUUCCAUGCUCUACCAACUAGCCACCCGACCAGUGGAACAGCAAAAGGUACACGAAGAGUUGAAGCGAUUGCUACCGGAUCCCAACACGCCUCUGACCAUUCCACUGCUGGAUCAGAUGCACCACCUGAAGGCCUUCAUUAAGGAGGUAUUCCGUAUGUACAGCACUGUUAUUGGAAACGGACGCACUCUGCAGGAGGACAGCGUGAUUUGUGGCUAUCAAGUACCCAAGGGCGUGCAGGCUGUCUUUCCCACCAUCGUCACUGGCAACAUGGGGGAGUAUGUAACGGAUGCGGCUACUUUCCGGCCGGAAAGAUGGCUGAAACCCCAACACGGUGGUGUGGCUGGAAAACUGCAUCCGUUUGCUUCGCUGCCGUACGGAUAUGGAGCACGAAUGUGUCUGGGGCGACGUUUCGCCGACCUUGAGAUGCAGAUACUACUGGCCAAGCUACUGCGCAACUACAAGCUCGAGUACAACCACAAACCGUUGGACUAUGCUGUUACCUUCAUGUAUGCGCCAGAUGGCCCGCUGCGUUUCAAGAUGACUAGGCUUUAA